AGUACAAGGGCCAGGGUUUUUACUGUUCUGGCGUUCCCGUGUAACCAAUUUGCCGGGCAGGAGCCGGGGACGGCGCUGGAGGUGAAGGAAUUUGCCUGCACGCGGUUUAAGGCGGACUUCCCCAUCAUGGCAAAGAUUGACGUGAAUGGCAGCAAGGCACAUCCGCUGUAUGAGUUUAUGAAGGCAACAAUUCCCGGUCUUUUUGGCACUAAAGCCAUCAAGUGGAACUUUACUUCGUUCCUUAUUGACAGGCAUGGUGUUCCCGUGGAGCGUUUUUCGCCUGGUGCAUCUGUGGAAGAUAUUGAGAAAAAACUUUUGCCGCUUCUUGGUGGUGCUAGGAUUUGA